UAAAAAUGUUAUAAAGAAUAGUAAGAUUUUGCUUCGCUCAUGGAUCACACAAACCAACAGGCCCAAUUUAUGCACCAUCAGUUUAAGCCAAGAUGUAAUGUCAAAGCUGUAAUGUAGGAUCUAUAUCAAUGUUUAUAAUGAUGGUGAAUUUGAAAGGAUUCCUGCUUAUGUUGGUGAAAGUCUUUUAUCUGCACUUAGAAGAUUUAAUGUAACAAAUAUACCAGGUAUAAUUGCUUAUAAAUACAACAGGUGAUUGUGAGGGAGGAGAAUAAUUGGAUAGCAUGUUAGAGAAUCCAAUUUAGACAAAUUCAUUCGGUCCUUCAUGUGGAUCUUGCCACAUAUUAAUUUAAUCGCCCUGGAUUGAAAAAAUUAGAGACCCAUUUUAUUUAGAAGAAUUGGUGAUCAAUAGAUAAGAAUAUCCAGUUGCUAAACAGUAAAGAAUUGUAUAGAUGUUGUAGUUCCAGAUUGGCAUGUGCUAUUAAAUUAGAGAAAUGGAUGGAUGAGAUGGAAGUAUCUAUUCCAAUCAAUGAAAAUUCAGAAAAUAUGUGAUUUUUUUAAAAAAAUGAUAAAUAAAUAUAUAAUAUAUAAAACAU